AUGAGACUUAGACCAUUAAUUCUUUUCCGCCCAAAGUGUAUCCCUCUUUGUAGGAAAGGAUGGCCAGAAGCUCAAGUGGAUUUCUCAGAAGCUUUGAAAAAACCACCACCCGAUGUGGACUUAAAUGACUUUGUUGUUAGAGCUGCCAUUGCACAGACAGUUGUGAAUCCAUUAUUAGUUAAGAAAAUUGGUAAUAUCGAUGAUGAACAAGCAGACCCUAAGAAGCAAAAAGCUCAGCUUGAAAAAUUGGAGGAAGAGAUGAAGUCAAAGGAAGACACGAAGGAGGAUGAAGUAAAGAAGGAGGACGCAAGCCCUAUGCGGAGUGUUAAAUGGGGUGAUCACAAAUGCAUACUCUACGAAACCAGAGAUCAAAUGACACUUGAAGAUGAUGCAGAAGAUGCGGGAGAGUUGGGUUAA